AUGGCUCUAAAUCGAUGUGUCAUUGGAUCAAUCGCUGGGGUAAGGCUUCUCAUUGAGACCUUUCCUGAAGUAGGACAUGGGCCACGUUUGAAUGUUGACAUCCAUCAAGGUGCACUGACAGAAGGAUUUCUAACGUUUACAAUUGUAAUUAUAUCACUGGGGCUUGCUAGAAACAUUCCAGGAAGUUUCUUCAUGAAAACUUGGAUCUCCAGUGUCUCUAAACUCACUCUCCAUAUACUUGGCUCUGAUCUAACUGGUGGAUGUAUGAACCCAGCCUCUGUAAUGGGUUGGGCUUAUGCUCGUGGGGAUCAUAUAACCAAGGAGCAUAUACUUGUUUAUUGGCUUGCCCCAAUUGAGGCGACUCUAUUGGCAGUAUGGACAUUUAGGUUGCUAGUCCAGCCACUGAAAGAAGGAAAGGAAAACAUGAAGACUAGAAAACUGGACUGA